GGAAAGAGAGAGAGAGAGAGAGAGAGAUAGAGAGGAUAGGAGAUGUUAAAAGAGACAUGACAAAAAAAUCCGAAAAGGAGACGCACGUCGUACCAUGCGCGCUAAAUUUGUCCCCGCUGGAAAUCGGGAUGUCGGAUCGACGGUGACGCGCAUCACCCCAUUUCACGGAGGAAACGAUUUCGCUGUAACUUUGGAACGGAGGGUCCGCGGGGAAACAUGGCCGAAGGAGGGCCGCGCAGAGGUGGCGGGUCGGACCCCGCCAGGACUCCACCGCAGAUUCUGGCUGGCUCCGGUUACUGCAAGUGGUUUAAUGUCCGCAUGGGGUUUGGAUUUAUAUCGAUGACCAGCAGCGAGGGGAAGCCAGUGGACCCUCCACUGGACGUGUUCGUUCACCAAAGCAAGCUGGUGAUGGAGGGCUUUAGGAGCUUACGGGAGGGUGAGCAGGUGGAAUUCACCUUCAAGAGGUCGAGUAAAGGUCUGGAGUCGCUCAGGGUUACGGGGCCCGGCGGGGGCCCCUGCUCUGGCAGUGACCGGCGCCCCAAAGGGAAGGCCCCGCCCCUCAAGCGCAAACCAAAGGGAGACCGGUGUUAUAACUGUGGAGGACUGGACCACCACGCUAAAGAGUGUAGCCUUCCGCCCCAGCCAAAGAAGUGUCACUACUGUCAGAGUGUCACACAUAUGGUGGCCCAGUGUCCCCACAAGAGGGCGCUGUCCCCUUCCACCUCUCAGGACCCCCAGCGCCCCACCACCUCAGCUCAGUCCCAAGAAGAGGAGAGUCGCUCGGGCUCGUCACCACGAGAGGGCCCCUCAUCCUCUCCGGAGGAAGCAUCACAACGUGGAAGUCACUCCCAGCGCUGGAGAAAAAGCCGGGACUGAAAUCAACUUCUCUGCUGUCCCCUCAACUCUGAAAGGUCACUUGACUUUUCACCUGAACAAGCCCGGACCCAAAAUCAUCUACCUCACAUGCCCGGGUAACCGGGGAGACCCUCCUUUCCCGUGCAGCUAUGGUAUCAGUUGAUGAGGGUUACAGACCUGUGUGUGUGUGUGUGUGUGUGUGUGUGUAGGGUGUUUUCACUGAGCAACCACAACAAACUCUGCGACUUGUGUGUGUAUUGGAGUGAAUGUGUGUGUGCAAUUGUGUGUUUGAAGCAAUGCAGCCGUAAAGCUUAAAGCUAAAGAAAGGUUUUACAUCUCAAACACCUGUCCAUGGUAUUAUUUUAAAGCAGUUGAGAUUCAGACACAAUUGCAAAGAAGACUUUCUAACAUUCAGAAUCACUAACAAUCCUACAUUCUUUUGUUUCAUUUACCAAACAUUUGAACUUAGAUGCUGGCCAAUAGAGUCACAUAAUAAAACAGAAGUGAGUCUUUAGUAAUGGCAUAAAAAAGGAUGUAAGCCCAUAUUCAGGAUUGGGGGAAAUAAAUGUAAUAAAUAUGCGUUUUAAAGGGUACAUUCUUAGAAUCAACCAUUGAAAACACAUAAUUGCCACUGAAAAUCAGUCAAACACUAAUUUGGGUAUUGGGUAGGAUAAUUUUGGUCUAUGGGGGUCACUAGCCUAAUUAUAAACUGCAGAAUUGUCACAAACAUUUGCUUUACAUAUGUUAUACAUACUAUGAUCUCACACUCUCUAAAAUUCUAUUCUCUAAUAUUCCCAUCAAGAACUUUAAUUUGGGCCAUAGAGGAAUUUUGUAUCACCAUGUGUGUGUGUGUGUGUGUGUGUGUGUGUGUGUGUGUGUGUGUGUGUGGAGGUACUGUGAGCCACCUGGUCUUAACUUUACUAAGUGAUUGAGAGAAGACUGUUAUUUAACCAGCGUUCGAUAGGACUGAUGGCACAGAGCUAAAUGAACAUAAACCAGAG